AUGUCUAGUAUCAUUCGUGAAGUUUGGAAUUAUAAUGUUGUAGAGGAGUUUAAUGUGAUUCGAAUGCUCCUCCCUUUAUCUGUUUACGCCUCAUUUGAUAUGGAAUUCCCUGGUACCAUCUUUCAUCCUGACGUCCCUAAGCACUUUCUCUCUUCUCUCAGUCCACCCGUAAAUUAUUCUUAUUUAAAGGCGAAUGUGGAUACCAUGAAGUUGAUUCAAGUGGGCCUUACUCUGUCAUUCGUGCCCAACCCUCAUUCUGGUGUCGUUAAUUCUUAUGUUUGGCAAUUUAAUUUAGAUGAUUUCGAUGUGGAUUCUGAUUUUCAGAAUCCUGAUUCUAUCGCACUAUUAAGAGAAACUGGAAUUGAUUUUGUUAGGAACAAAUUUCAAGGCCUUCUGUGCGGCCCCUCUCAUCUGAAUUGGGUCACCUUUCACGGUGCAUACGAUUUUGGCUUUGUUGUCAAAAUUUUGACUCAAAGACCCCUCCCACCCAAUUUGAUCAUGUUCAUGAGUUUGGUUAGGGAGAUUUUUGGGGAAGCAGUGUUUGAUUUGAAGCACAUUGCGAAAUUUUGUAGGGGUCUUUACGGAGGAUUAAGUCGAUUGGCAGAAACUCUAAAUGUGGAUAGGAUUUCAGGUUAUGGUUAA